AUGUACGGUCGCGAAAAUCUACCUGGGUUCUUCAGAAUCCCCCGCGAGAUCAGAGACCAGAUUUACGAAGAGCUGCUAGUCCAUUCGGGGUGUAUUUUUCUGGAUGUAAUUUGGUCGCGACCGGCAUCUCUAGGCUUCACAUUCAACAACCGGCUACUCCCAAUCUCCCCGGAAAUUCUGCGUCUCAAUCGAAGGGUACACCAAGAAGCGACAGAGGUUCUGUAUGGCAAAAAUCAAUUCCAGAUUGAGAACGUCAACAACUUCACCCGCUUUCUGGGUGAUAUCGGUCCGGCGAAUUCAGCGCUGCUUCGGCAUCUGAUAAUCCCCUUCCCCUACUUCAAAGAAGAUGGCGGCGUCGUCGCAGUGCGGACCGACUCCGUUGGUAUGCGGGCAAUCGACUUGAUACAGUCAAAAUGCCAAAAUAUCGUCGUCCUCGAGACGUGCCUGUUCAGCAGCAACCUGGUGGAGUCGAAACUGGACACUCUCGGCCAUCCUGAGGCCGUCAACCAGGCCCUGGACUUGUUCAUGGACAAGUUUUGUGCGAUGCCUUCCUUUCGCCACUUACGGGUCAACCUCUUCGAUAAGCCAGUUAGCCUUGUAUUUCGCGAUAUUGUGAACAAUCACAAACGUGUCAUCGUUGUUACGAACAUGAGUUCGUCGGGUUAG